AUGAUAAUAGAAAAUCGAACCAAGAAGUUAUUAAAAGAUAUUAUAAUUUUGGAUUAAAUCUUACGAAACGCCUAGAAUACCACAAGAAAUCUCACAAAAAGCAAGUUGCCAAAAUUCUAGUAAAUGACGAAGUUAGAAAUCAAAUUUCCAAAGAGGUUAGUGAUGACACACUUAGAAAGAAAACAGAACGAGCACGAAAAAUUUACAAACUUUUUGAUGCCAUUGGUGAGGAUAAAAUGAAAGAAAAUAUUACCGCUGGAUCUGUUAUCUAUAAAGGAAUCGAAGAUAAUCCCUGGAUAACUAAAAAAGAAUUGAAAAAUAUUAUUAGACAAGCUGUAGCAUUUGCGGAGGAACAUUCCUCACAUAAGAAGACCCUUUCCGACAUUCUAGUUGAGGAAAAUUUUUCCUCAGAAGUGUGGAGAAUAUUAGGGUGUAGAAAUAUGCUCAAUUCUAUGUGGUUGCUUUUAGUAUCACAUAAAGUCUUGUUUGUGUGUUGGAGAGCAGUGAAAAUUAAUAAAGAAGGACCUCUUAAUUCGAAUCAAAUCCAAAAAAAUAUUAAUGCACUAAAGGGUAAACUUAACAAGGGUUCAGCACUACUUAAGAAGAAUGUGGCAGUACUUUAUGAGAAAUUACUUCUCGGUGUCAAUCAGGUUUCUAUUUCUAAGUUGACUUGGAAAGACCCUCUUGCGAGUCAAGUGAUAAGUGAUGAUUCAGCUCUGGUACAACAAUUGCCAGAUCGACAAAAGGAACUUUUUAUGAAACCAAAAGAUGAUAUUGUCCCUUCGUCACUUCCACAAAUUAUACGAGAUAAAUGCAAUGAAUUCGUAGAAGACUUUGUCAAUGAAGAUAUGGAUAUUUUACCAAGACAACUUAAGCACGAUGGAUCAUGGAAAGAACCAGAUGAGAAGCUUACAGAGAUUGCAUCAGGAAGUACUUACGUGACCAAUGUAGUAGUACCUGCUAUUCGGGCUUCAUUAAAGGAUCUUCCUUUCGGAAAAUCUACUUUUGUUAGCAUUGCGGAGCAUCAAAGUUCUGCCAGUGCAGAUAGACGAGGUGAAGGACGGUCAGGAAGACGGCCCGAUAUUAUGUUUGUGAAAGAUACAGACGAUGAAAUAAAGCUAUGGCGUGAAGCUAAUGACGGAAUGUACUGGGCUCACAAAUCAAUUAAGCCUGAUAAAGAUGAAUUCGGAAUUGUUGCGAUCCAA